GACGGUGUCGGAGCAUCUGUAGGCUGUUGAAGACUUUAUACCGGGUCAUAUCGGGAAUUAUACUCGCUUUGCGUUCAUGCAUUCGAUCUCAUUUAAAUAGUGCAUAAAACGACUGUUAGUCGUUUAAAGAUUGUAGUCGCGUGUAUAAUUCGCUCAUUUUAGAAUGCGUCCACGACUUUGUCUUGAUGUAUUUUCACGCACUGCAACGUCUGGUUUGUAUUUGUAUUUGAUCAUCUUUUUUGGGGUGUCCUUCUCCGAAAGCGCCGCUAGUGAUGGCAGAGGAAGCCUGCUAAGGAACAGCCUGGGGGACAGAGAGGGCUAUGAGAUUACCUAUCCCUACUGGAUUCAACCUGGCAGACACAGGAGGUCCUCUCUCACUAAGGAGCGUCCGGCAGAGGCCGAGGUCCUGGUGACAGCCGGGGGGCGGGAGCUGAGACUGCACCUGCAGAGGAAUGAGCAGUUGUUGGCCCCCGGAUUCCAGGAGAUAUGGUACACUCCCGGCGGCGCCCGCCUCACCUCCUCUCCUCCCAGCACUGGGCACUGUCUCUACCAUGGAUGGGUCCAGGGGGUGGACGGCUCCAGUGUGGCUCUAAGCACCUGCUCUGGGCUCAGGGGACUGAUAUCGCUGAACACCAGCCUCAACUACCUGAUUGAGCCUCUUCCUGUUACCAAGGAUACACACCCGCAUGCCGUGUUCCCUGCUGAGAGCCUCCGCACGCUCAACGGCUCCUGUCAUCAUCACCCUAGCAACCAGGAGCAAGGGGAGGGGCUUGAUGACCUCAUCCAUGGAAUGAUGGCGUCGCAGGGAGGAAAGAGGAGAGAGCACAGAGACGUGAGCCAGAAUAUGAAGUAUGUAGAACUGUUGCUGGUGGCGGACAAUGCUGAGUUUCAGAAACAUGACCAGAGCAUAGAGAAGACCAAGCUAAAGUUACUGGAAGCUGCCAACUACGUAGACAAAUACUACAAGGCCCUCAGUAUCCGCGUGGCGUUGAUUGGUCUGGAGGUGUGGUCAGACCAGGACAGGAUCAACGUGUCGGACAACCCCUACAGCACCCUGGGAGCCUUCCUGGCUUGGAGACGCAAGCAGCUACACGCUCUCCCCAACGACAACGCACAGCUCAUCACGGGUGUGGCAUUCCGGGGCACCACCAUCGGGCUGGCUCCUCUCAAAGCCAUGUGCUCUGAGUACCAGUCAGGGGGAGUCAACUCGGACCACUCAGACUGGGCGGUGGGUGUGGCUGCCACCAUGGCACAUGAGAUGGGGCACAACUUUGGCAUGAGCCACGACAGUGACGAGUGCUGCCAGGCUCGUCCUGACGAAGGGGGCUGCAUCAUGGCGGCGGCCACCGGCCACCCGUUCCCCCGUGUGUUCAACCUGUGUAACAAGAAGGAGCUGCAUAGCUACCUGGGCUCCGGAGGGGGGAAGUGUCUGUUUAACCUGCCCAACACCAGGGCCAUGUACGGGGGCCAGCGCUGUGGCAACGGCUACCUGGAAGAUGGAGAGGAGUGUGACUGUGGAGAUGAAGAGGAGUGCACCAGCCCGUGCUGCAACGCCAGCAACUGCACCCUGAAGGCCGGGGCCGAGUGUGCUCACGGAGUGUGCUGUCACGACUGCAAGCUGAAGAACCCUGGCGCUCUGUGCCGCCCUCCCUCCGGGUCAUGUGACCUACCCGAGUACUGCGAUGGGAAGUCGGAGUCCUGCCCUGCCAACUUCUAUCUGGUGGACGGCACUUCCUGUUCCUGGGGACAGGCCUUCUGCUACACCGGCAUGUGUCUGACUCUGGAGCAGCAGUGUCAAUCACUCUGGGGGCAGGAUGCCCGCCCGGCCCCUGACCUGUGUUUUGAGCGUGUGAACGAGGCAGGGGACUCCUAUGGGAACUGUGGGAAAGACCUGCUAGGAAAAUACAGGUCCUGCAAGGACAGAGACGGCAAGUGUGGUAAGAUCCAGUGUCUUAGCUCCGCCCCCAAACCCAUCGACACCAACGCCGUCCCCAUCGACACCACGGUCAGCGCCGGACACCGCAGGGUCCUGUGCCGCGGGACGCACGUCUACCGAGGCGGGCCGGAGGACGAGGGGCAGGGGGACACGCUGGACCCGGGCCUGGUCAUGACGGGAACCAAGUGUGGAGAGGAUGGGAUCUGUUUUGGAGGAGAGUGCCGCAACGCUUCUUUCCUGCGGGCGGAUGAGUGCAGUGCCAAGUGCCAUGGCCAUGGGCUGUGUAACAACAACCAUAACUGCCACUGUGACUCCGGCUGGGCCCCGCCCCUGUGUGACCAGGAGGGGUCGGGGGGCAGUCUUGACAGUGGACCUGUCCUCACCCAGAGCAGCCUACUUCCUGUUCUGUUGCUCCUCCUCCUGGCUGGCUUUGUGCUGUUGAUUGUUGUAGGACUGUGGUGCUACUACAGGCAGAAGCUCCGCCCUCUGAAAACAUCCGGGCCGCUUCCAACACCUAUAUGUCCAGGACCUACUGAAGUCAAAGCCACCCAUGCCAACGGUCAUGCUAACGGUCAUGCUAACGGGCAUGCUAACGGUCAUGCCAACGGUCAUGCCAACGGUCAUGCCAACGGUCAUGCUAACGGUCAUGCUAACGGUCAUGCUAAUGGCCAUGCCAACCCUACAUUCCUGCUGAAGAGUUCAGACAAACUGAGUCAGUCCAGUCCUCGUCCAAGCCCUUCCUGUUCCGCCCGAUCCAGAAACUCUAUUGUUCGCCCGACUGUGAAGCCUCCUCCCAUACCUGCCUAUGCUGGCCAGCAGAAAGACAACCAGCCUCAGCCCCAGUCUCCCCCCAAACCCACCCAUGCAGCCAAUCACAGAAAAGCUCAGCCCCAGCCCCCUCCUCUUCCCUCUGUGCCCCCUCCUCUGCCCACCCUUCCCCACAGCCCCCACACCUCAUCUUCAGAGCUCACACAACCCCGCCCUGAGCCCCCUAACAGGCCUCCACCACCCUUGCCCCAUUCAAAACAAACUCAGGAGAAGCAGAAAAGCCGUCUGCAGGUGUCCAUAGACGCCCUUCAGAAAGGAAAGACUACUCUAGUGCCACCUUCUGGACACAGAAGGCAGAACAGACCCGAUAACAGGACCUCAGGGAAAACUUGAGAGAUUGCAUCUCUUUCUCCAGUUACAGAGAAAUGAUCGAUUGUCUCAUUUAUUUUCCACAACGGCCAAAAGAACAACUGUCUCUGAGGAGACAGGCGGAAACAGUGGGAAAACUUGAAAUAUGUCCUCCUCUAUGUAUAUUUAAAACUUUACUGUGUUUGUUGUUUACGGCAUACACGUUCAUACGGUACGAAAUGCUUGCAGUGUUCAAAUGCUGAUUCAGGCGAAUUUCUUUGUAAAGCAAACUGAACAGAAAGUGUUUACAGUGUAACCUAUGUACAGUGAAUUAUGUUACUCCGACACCAUGAGAUUAGAGGGACUAUCUUAUAUUAAGAAAAUGUCAUACCUAGAAUAUGGUACAUAUGCUUCUUGUGUGUGAGUAAAUGAUAGUAUUAAGACUGGAAUAUACAGAGUUUCAACAGUCCUAACUGCAUGCUAAAAGUACAUGCCAAUGCCUAAGAUGAGGGUAAGAUGACCUUUCAAAUGUAGCAAUAACAUAAUUCUUUUUAGACUUUGUGUGUUUGUAUGGUGUUUCCUGUGUUGAGCGUCUGCACUGUUUUGAAGAGAUUGUUUGUCUCCUGGAGAGCGUGAGCAGUCUCUUAACAUUUCAUGGGUAGUUAGUAGUUCUAGGUCUUUGGGCCUUGUUCCUUGUUCCUGACCAGCACUGCAUGAAACAUCCAGCUGGUCCCUCGAUGAUCCAAAGCUGUUCAAAACUGUGACCCCCCUUGUGACCAAACUGCAGUACUGCAGAAGGCCUGUGAACUGACAGUGUUUUUUGGUGCUGUUGCAUAUCACAUCUUGUCAAAGGAUGUUUGUUUUGUCUGGACCAUGUACAUAUUUCAUGGAGACAUAGCAUUAUUUGAAAACGAAUAUGUGAUGGGCAGUCGAAAAAUGCCCCUCGUUGUCAUCGAGUAUGAUUGAAAGUGUUUCAUCCUUCAGAGGUCAGCGUGUCAACAUCUCAUCAGACCUAUGCAAACUGAGGCAGUAUACGACCCUGUGCCUUUCACUUGACUUGUAAUAAACUGUCAAACUGG